AUGGCGUCCAUCGCUUCGUCUCCCCCGCCGCUGCCGAUGCUGUCGUCGCUCGCCGUGGUCCUGCUGCUCGCGCUGUGCGCCCGCGGCGGCGAGGCCAGGCCGCCGCCGCCGCUCCACGGCGUGCGCCCGCUCGCCUUCGACGAGGGGUACACCCAGAUCUUCGGCAGCGCCAACCUCGCGCUCCUCCGCGACGGCAGGCGCGUCCGCCUCACGCUCGACGAGUCCACGGGCGCCGGGUUCGCGUCGCAGGACGUCUUCCUCCACGGCUUCUUCAGCGCCGCCAUCAAGCUGCCCGCCGACUACGCGGCGGGCGUCGUCGUCGCGUUCUACCUGUCGAACGGCGACGUGUACGAGAAGACGCACGACGAGCUGGACUUCGAGUUCCUGGGCAACGUGCGCGGGCGCGAGUGGCGGGUGCAGACCAACGUGUACGGCAACGGCAGCACCCACGCCGGCCGGGAGGAGCGCUACGACCUCCCCUUCGACCCCACCGAUGACUUCCACCACUACUCAAUCCUCUGGACCAGAGACCGCAUCAUCUUCUACGUCGACGAGACCCCGAUCCGGGAGGUGGUGCGGACGGCGGCGAUGGGCGCGGCUUUCCCGUCCAAGCCCAUGUCCCUGUACGCAACCAUCUGGGACGGCUCGGCCUGGGCGACGCUGGGCGGCCGGUACCGCGUCAACUACAAGUACGCGCCGUUCGUGGCCGAGUUCGCCGACCUCGCCAUCCAGGGUUGCGCCGUCGACCCCACCGACCGCUCCUCAGCGGCCGCCGCCGCGGCAGCGGCGUCGUGCGGCGCGGGCCUGGGCCCGCUCGCCGUGUCCUCCGCGGAGCAGCGCGCGGCCAUGGCGGCGUUCCGUCGCGCCCACACCUCCUACUCCUACUGCCACGAUCGGCGGCGGUACCCCGUCGCGCUGUCGGAGUGCGUGGCCGCCCGCGCGGGCGCGGGGCUCCUCCCCGGCCGCAUGUUCGGCCCCGACGGGAUGAAGCUGCAGCACCGGCGCCACCGGGCCGCGCAGCGCGGUCACCGCGCCGCCCAGGACGACGUCAUGUGA